AUGCUAAGCGCCAAUAAUAUAAUACGGUGUAAAAUGGGUAGAAAGCAUGCGGUGAUAGAAAAUUCUCCAUUAUCAGCAUUCUCACAUACUUUUACUGUUCAUCAAGAAUGUAUGAAUUUAACAGAUUUCAAACAUAUGUUACUAAAUGUCUUUUCAAAUAAAAAUAAAAUAUCAGAUACUGUUAAAUAUAUUUGCCCAAUGCCAAACUGUGAUAAAUUGUUUUUAAUUAAAGAAGAAUUACAAUUUCAUAUGGAUUGUUGUCAUAAAUCUGUUGAUGAAAAUGAUUUACUUUGUACAGAGGUUCCUGAUAUGCUUGAAAAUGAGGAAGAAAUUUUACCUACAUUUGAAAUGAUUCAUAAAAAAAAGGCAAAAAAAUUUACCCGACUUCAGGAAGUUGCCAUUCAAGUUUAUGGAGAAUUAGAUAUGGAAAGAAGGUGUAUAUUAUCAAAAAAAAAAUUUGUACCAUUUGAAAGUGGUUGUUUAAAUAUUUUUAAGGAUAAAGAAAAUUACACUUUAAAGGAGAGUAGUAAUAAAAAAUAUAGCCAAAAUACAUCACCAAAGAGAAAAAUUAAUGAUACCAUUUCAUCAGAUUUAUUAUUAGCAUUUCAAAAAAGAAAAUCAAAAUGUCCAAAGUUGAUUGAUAUUAAUAAAACAAAAAAAUCAGACAUCUUAAGUAUGUCUUCAAUUUUAGAAAAAAAUGAAUACCUCAAUGAUAUGAUAAAAUAUCAAUAUUUAGUUGAUCAAAAGUUACCAUACAUAAUAAACUUUACUGAUUUAACUUUUAAAAAUUGUACUUUACCUGGUCUUUACUCCAAGGAUAAAUAUUCUACGUCAACUGUUAAAUUACUCAAAAGUAAUGGUAUAAAACAAGAUAUUUUAACAAAACAAAAUAUAAAAGAACAUGAAAUUAUUGAAUUAAGGAAAUCAUUAAAAAAUCAAGAUGAUCUUAAUAAAUUAUUUGGAAUUAAUGUCAAAUUGAGUAGGACAAGAUACUGUGAUCAGGUAUUCAAGAUAGCCUCAAAUUUUAUUUUGAAAUUAUCAUCUAGUCCAGAAAAAAUUUUUAAUCCAAAUGAUAAUUUCAGGAUAAUUAUUUAA